GAGAAGAAGAAGAAGAGGAAGAAGAUGGCUGCAGAGGGGAUUUUCAGGCCAGUGUCUGGAAACACAGCGGCGUUUGUCAUGUUUGGCGGACACUAGCCAGCGUGUCUGCCCCGGUUGUUGCCGUCGCUUGCUCGGUUCCGCUUCGGAUUAAAACAACAUGGGGUCGCAGACUCUCCAGAUCCUCCGGCAGGGGGUCUGGGCUUCAAUCACAGGCGGAUGGUACUACGACCCAGACCAGAACACGUUCGUCAACGCUUUACAUCUCUACAUCUGGCUCUUCCUGCUAUGUUUCCCCUUCACUCUCUACAUGGCCCUGCCGCCAACCAUGGUGAUUGUGGGAAUCUACUGCGGUGUGAUUGCUGCCAUGUUUGUGCUGCUGAAGACGGUGAACUACCGCCUCCACCAUGCCCUGGAUGAGGGGGAGGUGGUGGAGCACCAGGCCAAAGAGAGCCAGGGCAGCAGAGGCGGCACUGAGGGGGCUAACGAUGGAGGUGUCACCCGGCGGGAGGACAGCAACGGCCCUGGGGAUCCUGGAGGGGGUAUCGAGAUGGCAGAUUUCAUCAGGCAAGAGACUCCUCCAGUGGACUGCAGUUCUAGGAACUCCUAUAUUGGGAUGGAGUCUAACCAGCAGAUUAUGUCCAUUCAUGGAAGAACAACAGUUGCCAAAGGAGAUGUGGGAAAAACCUCCGAUGACAUCAGUUUGACUCUUGUUGAGAGCUGUAGUCAUGAUCACGAUCUGCUGUCCGAUGCCAAGAUGUACUGCCUUGUUCCCAAUGACUCCUUCGCCUCACUGCAGCCUUCAACCUCCCUGUGUCCUUCAGAGCUGUCCCGGGAGCCCGCUGAUGUGUUUAACUCUGCUGCUUACCACUUCAGCCUGUCGCACUCCUCCUGUGACACCGAGGUGACCAGUCACGCAUCCAUGCAAUCUCAGACCUUUAGGAAAGAGCUCCGUUCUCGGGGCCUACCUCGAACCUCUAGCUCGGCGGGUUCUGCUUUUCCUGACCCGUCUUUACCGGACUUUGCUCUGUACCCUCCGCCUAGAAGAGGCGGCCUGGACCCUGUGUGUGAGCUGGAGACUGCCAGACCAUACAGGCCAGGGGUGUGUGACAGAGAAGUGUCCGAGCAGCCGUACCAGCAGGACCAGGCUGUGCCCUCCACCUCUGGAAUAGACUGCUACAAACACAAAGAGCUAUGCAGAGUUGCUCGCUCAGCUUCUAGAGAAGCAGGGGAAGGUAGCUCAGGACUGUACCAAGUGGAUGUAAGUGGUGGUGGGAAAGGCUUCAGUGGAGGAGGGAAGUCCCAGGGAGGGGAGCGCAGUGCUGAUAGCCUGAGGAGCCUGAGUACUCGCAGUAGUGGCUCCACUGAGAGCUACUGCAGUGGCACAGAUAGGGACACCAACAGCACUGUCAGCAGCUUUCACAGUGAGCAGACCAGUUCUACACACGUGGAGAGCCUGCUCUCUCUUUCAGGGGAUGAACGUGUACGGAACAGAGGAGAUGCCGUAUCUGUUCCUGCAGACGGCAGGACUACGAGCCUCAGCAGCGUUAGCUCACGAGGCCUCAACAAACUUACUUCCAGGGAGGCCAAUAAAAACCCGCAUGCCAAUGAGCUGACUUCUAAACAACCUGCUGACACACUAUCAGCUGCAGUCCAAGAGCUUGUAGAACCUGGAAGAUGCCAGGAAGAGCCUGGCAUCAGGACCCGAGCAGAUGGCUCAACUGAUGUAGCUGCAACAGAGCAGGAGCAAGUGAACGUGGACGCUCAACCAAAGUCAGAAAACAUUGUUCAGAGGACUUCUUCCCUGUCAACGGGGCGCAGUGGACGCCGGCGUUCUGGCAAGAAAAGGGCAAGCAGCUUUGACGCCAGUCGUCACCGGGACUACAUGUCUAAACGCAGCAUGGCCAAGCCUUGUAGUGCUGUGUUUACUGGAGGUGGAGAGGAGGAUUCCAGUGAUCAGAGUGAACUCAGCUGUGCCUCCAGUCUUCAUUCUACCAACCACCUAAGCACAGACAGCUCAUCUAGUACCACUUCCCGCUCCUGCCACUCACCAGAGGGCCGCUACCGGGCCCUGAAAGCCAAGCACACUGGAGGCGGUGCAGCCUCUUCCUCCUCUUCCUCCACAGUGAAAGCUGCGACAGGAUCUGAGGCAGGAGUAGGAGGUAGGAGACGUGCCUCCCGCCGUACCCCCAGCACAGGCAGUGCCAAAACACAUGCCAGAGUAUUGAGUUUGGACAGUGGUACGGCUGCCUGCCUUAAUGAUCCCAGUCGCCUAGGUGCUCCAGCUGGACCACGGCCACUCACCACCUCCAAGUCAGACCUGGAAGCCAAAGAAGGGGAAGUCCUCGAUGCAGCAUCCCUGCUGGGUCGGGCCUCCCAGCUGGAGUCAGUAACCCGCUCCAGAAACAGUCUGCCCAACCAGGCAGCUUUCACUGAGCCUCAGGACGCCACUGCUGCUUCCCUGCGGGCCCCGGGGAGCGAGGAGGCGGUCGUAUUUCGGCGUGAGCGUAGCACGUUUCGCCGGCAGGCAGUUCGGCGGCGACACAACGCAGGGAGUAACCCCACCCCACCCACCUCCCUCAUUGGAUCUCCUCUCAGUCUUCAGGAGGCUCUGAACCAGGCCUCCCAGCCUUCUACUUCCCAGGUGAAAAGUCAGCCAUCCCGAACCCCGUCUCAGGUGACCGUGCUGAGCACAAGCGCCUCCCUGCUGGCCAGGAAUGGAAGCACACACCUGGAGGGUUCUCAGGACAAGGGCUCAACGGUUGGCGCCACCAGCUUGCAGGACGACUUCGGAAAGCUCACGCCGUCCUUAUACGAGGCCGCUGGAUGUGACAUGUCACUGGUCAAUUUUGAACCCGCAACCAGACGAGCCUCCAAUAACAUAUGGGACACGGACUCCCACCUCUCCAGUUCUACCUCAGUUCGCUUCUACCCUCAUGACCUGAUCCGUCUGAACCGUCUGCUGACUAUGGACCCAGAGCUGCUGGAGCAGCAGGACACAGACCUGAGUCCGGAGCUUCAGGAUGCACCACUGGCUCAAGAGGACCCCGCCGCCGCCGUCGCCGCCGCAGGCAAAACCCGGCAGUACUACCGCCUGUGGCUUCUCCCUUACCUGUGGGUCGGCCUACACUUUGACCGGCUCACGCUGCUGGCCCUGUUUGACAGGAACCGGGAGGUUUUAGAGAACGUGCUGGCGGUGACCCUGGCUGUCACGGUGGCCUUUCUGGGUUCAGUGCUGAUGGUCCACGGCUUCUUCACUGACAUCUGGGUCUUUCAGUUUUGCCUUGUCAUUGCUAGUUGCCAGUAUUCCUUACUAAAGAGUGUACAGCCAGACUCCUCUUCUCCCCGACAUGGCCAUAAUCGCAUCAUAGCCUACAGCCGGCCGGUCUACUUCUGCCUGUGCUGCGGCCUCAUUUGGCUUCUUCACGACUGCAGCCUGAGAAUCACGUCGUCAAGGUUCACUCUGUACGGAGUGGCACUCACCAGCUCCCUGCUGCUCGCCUCUGCCAGAGACCUCAUCAUAGUCUUCACUCUCUGUUUUCCCAUCAUCUUCUUCAUGGGGCUGCUGCCACAGGUCAACACGUUCGUCAUGUACCUCUUUGAGCAGCUGGACAUCCACGUGUUUGGAGGCAAUGCCUCCACCAGCCUCCUGUCGUCGCUGUACAGCAUCCUGCGCAGCGUCGUCACCGUCGCUCUGCUUUAUGGCUUCUGCUACGGCGCUUUGAAGGAGACCUGGGAGCCCCAUCACAUCCCCGUGUUGUUCUCCGUCUUCUGCGGCCUCUUGGUGGCAGUGUCCUACCAUCUGAGCCGCCAGAGCGGCGACCCCUCGGUCCUCAUCUCGCUCAUACAGUCCAAGGUCGUUCCCACUUUAAAGGACAAAAACCCGGAGGAUCCUUUGUCUGAGGUUCAGGAUCCUCUACCUGAAAAGCUCAGGGCCUCAGUGAAUGAGCGUCUGCAGUCUGACCUGAUUGUCUGUGUGGUCAUCGCUGUCCUUUACUUUGCCAUCCAUGUCAGCACAGUGUUCAUCGCACUGCAGCCUUUCCUCAGUUAUGUCCUCUACGCUCUGCUGGGGACGGUGGGUUUGUUCACCCACUACGUGCUGCCUCAGGUCCGCAAACAGCUGCCCUGGUACUGCUUCUCUCACCCGCUGCUCAAAACAAAGGAGUAUUAUCAGUUUGAAGUCAGGGAUGCGGCUCACGUGAUGUGGUUCGAGAAGCUCCACGUGUGGCUGCUGUUCGUGGAGAAGAACGUCCUCUAUCCUCUCGUCAUCCUCAACGAGCUGAGCGGCAGCGCCAGAGAGCUCGCCAGCCCCAAGAGGCUCGAUACAGAGGUUGGAGCUCUGAUGAUCACAGUGGCAGGUUUGAAGCUGCUCCGUUCGUCUUACAGCAGUCCCACCUACCAGUACGUGACCAUCCUCUUCACCAUCCUCUUCUUCACCUUCGACUACCGCCAUCUGUCCGAGACUCUGCUGCUCGACCUUUUCCUCAUGUCCAUAGUUUUCAGCAAGAUGUGGGAGCUCUUCUACAAACUGCACUUUGUCUACACCUACAUCGCCCCCUGGCAGAUCACAUGGGGCUCGGCUUUCCACGCCUUUGCUCAGCCCUUUGCUGUGCCUCACUCUGCCAUGCUGUUUGUCCAGGCUCUUGUGUCCACAGUCUUCUCCACUCCCCUCAACCCUUUCCUGGGCAGUGCCAUCUUCAUCACGUCAUACGUCCGCCCCGUCAAGUUCUGGGAGAGAGACUACAACACAAAGAGAGUGGAUCACUCUAACACUCGUCUGGCCUCUCAGCUGGACAGAAAUCCAGGCUCUGAUGACAACAACCUGAACUCCAUCUUCUACGAGCACCUCACCCGCUCGCUGCAGCACAGCCUGUGUGGCGACCUCCUCCUGGGCCGCUGGGGGAACUUCAGCACCGGGGACUGUUUCAUCCUGGCCUCCGACUACCUGAACGCUCUGGUGCAUCUCAUCGAGAUCGGCAACGGCCUCGUCACCUUUCAGCUGCGAGGGCUGGAGUUCAGAGGGACGUACUGUCAGCAAAGAGAAGUGGAAGCCAUCACUGAGGGGGUGGAGGAGGAUGAAGGCUGCUGCUGCUGCGAGCCGGGACACCUCCCUCACAUCCUGUCCUUCAACGCAGCCUUCGGGCAGCGCUGGCUGGCCUGGGAGGUGCUGGUCACCAAGUACGUGCUGGAGGGCUACAGCAUCACCGACAACAGCGCCGCCUCCAUGCUGCAAGUGUUCGAUCUGCGACGCAUCCUCACCACCUACUAUGUCAAGGGUAUCGUCUACUAUGUGAUCGCCUCGCCUAAACUGGAAGAGUGGCUCGCUAACGAGACCAUGAAGGACGGCCUGCGGGGGUGUGGUGAGAGGAACUACGUGGACCUGGACCCCACCUUCAACCCCAACAUCGACGAGGACUACGACCAUCGUCUGGCAGGAAUCUCCAGAGACAGUUUCUGUGGUGUUUACCUGGGCUGGAUCCAGUACUGCAAUUCCCGGAGGACCAAGCCGCUGGACAGUGAGAAGGACUCGUCUCUGGUGUUGCUCUGCUUCGGUCUGUGUGUGCUGGGAAGGAGAGCUCUCGGAACAGCUGCACAUCAUAUGUCCAGUAACCUGGAGUCUUUCCUUUACGGACUUCAUGCGUUAUUUAAGGGAGAUUUCCGCAUCUCGUCGAUACGAGACGAGUGGAUCUUCGCAGACAUGGAACUGCUCAGGAAAGUUGUGGUGCCUGGAAUCCGAAUGUCUCUCAAACUACACCAGGACCACUUCACCUCCCCCGACGAGUACGACGAGCCAGCGGUUCUCUUCGAGGCCAUCUCCUCUCACCAGCAGAACCUAGUCAUCGCUCAUGAGGGCGACCCCGCCUGGAGGAGCGCCGUACUGUCCAACGCGCAAUCGCUGCUCGCCCUUCGCCACGUCCUCGACGAAGGCACCAACGAGUACAAAAUCAUCAUGCUCAAUCGACGAUACCUCAGCUUCCGUGUCAUCAAGGUGAAUAAAGAAUGCGUCCGAGGUCUCUGGGCAGGGCAGCAGCAGGAGUUAGUGUUCCUGAGAAACAGAAACCCCGAGCGCGGGAGCAUCCAGAACGCCAAGCAGGCGCUGCGCAACAUGAUCAACUCUUCAUGCGACCAGCCCAUCGGUUAUCCCAUCUACGUAUCGCCGCUGACCACCUCCUACUGCAACUCGCACCCGCAGCUCGGACACAUCCUGGGAGGCCCCAUCAGCAUCGGAAACAUCCGCAACUUUGUCGUCAGCACCUGGCACAGAUUAAGAAAAGGCUGUGGUGCUGGCUGUAACAGUGGAGGCAACAUAGAGGAUCCAGAUGCAGGCGGCCUGUCCUGCAGCAGUGCAAACGGGAUGGCGGGCGACUCUCAGCAGAGCUCGAUGUCACAGGGCGGGCUAUCUGGACCUGCACCUCCUUACUCGUACCAGCCGCAUCCUCUGGGCACCAGUCAAAGUUCCCAGUCGGUUCAGUCUGGUUUAGUCCGCCACUCCCCGGCCCGAGCCUCUGUCGCCAGCCAGUCGUCCUCUUACCGCUACAGCAGCAGCCGCCACUCGUCCCUCCGCACCUCCACAACAGGCCUGGAGCCGUGCCGACGCUCGUCCACCAGCCAGCUGUCCCUGCGCACGCUCCCCACCUCCCUGCAGCUGCGGCUGGGCUCCACCUCCGACCCCGCCUGCCCCACAGGCCCCGUCGGCCCCUCCGCCUCCCUGUCCAGCCACAGCAUCCCUCCCUGCAAACGCCACACACUGGUGGGCCUCCUGGGCAACGACGGCCUGUGCAGCACCGUAACAGAUCCUCUCAGCCAGCAGCAUCACCACCACCACCACCACCACCACCAUCACCACCCUCAGCAACACAACCCCACCGUCUCCACCGUGCGCAGAGACGACAUCUCAUACAGAGUGCAGAUUGUGGACGUGAGUCAAGUGCUGGAGAACAUCAACUUAUCCAAAAGGAAGGAGCUGCAGUGGCCUGAGGAAACCGUGAGACUUAGGGCAGGACGGACCUGCUGGAGAGACUGGAGCCCUCUAGAGGGCAUGGAAGGACAUGUGAUUCACCGGUGGGUGCCUUGUAGCCGAGACCCAGCCAAUCGCUCCCAUAUCGACAAGACCAUCCUGCUGGUACAGGUGGAAGAAAAGCUAGUGCCCAUUAUUGAGACUGGGGUGAUUGAGCUGGGUGCCGAGGUGUGAGCGCAUGAGCAGGCACAUCACACACACACACACACACACACACACAGCAAACUCUCUGGCUUUCAGCAGGAGCCUGCAGACAAACAGGAAACGGGAGACUCCCCCUCCUCCCUCCCUCCCUCCCUCCCUCCCCCGUUCAUGAUCACAGAGGGGGAAAGGAAGCCAGGGAAAAGUGCAAGCGGCAGAGCCUUUGUCCAUCCAACAUCGUUCACUGCAUCCACACGUCUGCCUUUCUUCGCAUCUCAGAAAUGCUGCAUGACAGUAAACAACAACUCUUAAGUUACUCCUUGCGACUGGUGAUUAAUUUCUAUGCAUUUCAUCGGACAUUUUCUUGGCAGUUACGACAGAGAUGAAUUGUAAAGAGCUUUUGGAGAGUUUCUUUGUGUGUGUGUUUUUGUUUGUCCUUUAAAUACUUUGCCAAAUAAGCCUGGUGUUGAUUCUCUGGCCAUGGUUUUCUACAUGUGAAAGCUUUUAUUUUCGCUGCCAUGACGACAGAGGAAGCUGCAAUGCAGAAAGAGACUUAAGUCGAGGACUCGACUGUGCUGUGCUCGGCAGACUCCUCCAUUGUCGUCAUUCCGUUUGGUUUCAUUUUGACAUUUGCAAGAUUACGCAAAGACAGAAAAAUACUUGCACUACAAUUUUUUUGUUGUUGUUUAAUUUACAGUGAUGCACUACAAUCUUUAAAUAAUAUCACUUUUUAUUUAUUACAGACUCUGGCCAUGGUUACUGAUGCCUUGGGAAUGAAAAUAAUGCAAUCAUCAUUCUGUUUUCAGCCAUUUUUAUUUUACUAUUUUAUGUUUGAUAAACUUGAAAAUAACUUUUUACUGUAUAUGAUUAUAUCUCUAUGUAAUAUAUAUAUAUAUAUAUUUACACAAAUAUAUAUAUAAUGUAAAUGUAUAAAAAUAUUUUGUUUUCAAUAUUUAUUACUGUGAACAUGGUAUUUACACUAUGUUAGAUCUUUUUUCUUUUUUUUUUUCCAUUUUUUGGACAAAGGUUAAUGUAUUAAGGACCAUGGUUGAAAAUAAGAUGCCAGAUUUUUGAUGGAUUGUUUCACUAUUUAACUUAAUUCUUUUCUAUAUGGAGAAAUAAAAGUUUGAUUUAUUGCUGACAACUUUAA